ACAGACUGCAAAAGGAGGAUUCCUAGGAUACACAAAUCCCAGAGAAAAGCACACAGGAGGAAAUGUGGCUGCGAGCUGAGGUGACAAUGCAAAACUAAAGAAAGCAAAUUGUAUACGGAGAAGGAAUCUUUUGUGCAUGGUGGAGCCUGAAUAAGUGGAUGGGUGACAUCAUAACCCUAGUAUUGGAUUACAGCAGUCACAGGAAACGCCCACUGCAGCCCAGUAUCCAGCACGGUGGGGCUGCUGACAGCCCUGGAACGCCAGCAGCACCCCUGGCCUGUCUCGUACUCAUCCAUCCAAGUUCCCUUCUGGAGACCCAGCUCUCUACCACUAUCCGUGCUGCUGCAAAUGCAUGAAAAUUUCUUACAGACAGAUGAUUCACAUGAGCUAAUGAAAUUGAUAUGAAAGAGACGUUAUGGACUUGGAGUCUGCAUAUACGGAAUUCAUAACAUGUGACAGAACCGGUAGACGGAAUGCAGUACCUGACAUCAAGGGAGAAUGUAGCACAAGUGGUGUGAAAGAUCUCUCCGAAAACAUGGGGGACUUGUCUAUUCAAGGAGCAGAAGGACAAACAGCAGCAACAUCCUCAGACAGCGGACAAGUACAGAGUCCCGAAGCACAAGAUGGUAGCGUACCAUCGUGAAUUAGAUGUGUCUUGCAGACAUCCAUGUUAAUUGACUUUUUUUUUACAGAAAUAGACUAUUGAAUACCACUACCAAACUGCUGAUAAGGCUUCUGGCUGAAGAGUACACUGGGUUUGUAAAAUCCAGAUGGCACAGAAGCCUAAGAAUGGAAACACGACGCAGGACUCCAUAUGCCACCUGGUGGUAGAAAUGCCAACUGACCUAAACUUGCCUUAGCAUUUUUUUCCUUUAUAGAACAAAAAUGAUAUGCAAUAUUUCAUUGACAUAAUAUUUUGUGGAUGGUACUAUACACACUCUUUCAAUUUUGUAAACAUAUACAAUUAUUUAUUGUACAUCAUUAGAAAAUCCUUUGCAUAUUUGAAAGUAGUUUUGUCCUUGGAGACACCAGUCACAUAGCAAUGGCAAUUUUAUCAUAGACACUAUGUGACUUAUGGCACUGCCUUAUGGGACUUAUGUGGACCAAACUCUGUACCGAAGCUGGGGACUCCUGGCUUGUGUACACGUCAAACUGCCAACCUUCCUUUUUUUUUUUUUUCCUUUUCUUUUAAAGAGUCCACGUUUUUAAGUGCUGUUUUUCUACGUGGAACUGACAUUUAAAUUCCAUGUAGACUGGAUAUUUAAUAAUGGUGUGUCUUUUUUUUUUCAUUAGGAAACUAUAUGCUCAAUUGCCCCAAAAAUUACAUUUUGUGUGAAUUAAUAUUCUAAUAAACACCAUUAAAACAC